GCAACCAUCACCGCACGAUGCAUGGAUUUACGAAUGCCCGUCCCAGGACCUUCUUUUAAGCAAGUGCUAUCAUAGGUCCCGAUGUGUGGGUGGAAUCGCGGAUGGCAUAUGCGCCGGCUUCGUAAUUUGGAGACGGGAUUUCGCGUCUAACAGUAGUUGAGCUUCGCAUUUUGGUGUCUUCUUUCUUUUUCCUCUGAAACUCAAUGUUGCAUCUUUUUACCUGCUUCUUCCUCCGUUAAGAUGAAGACAUAAAGUAGCUCUUCCUUUCGUCAGCUUACCCAUUCUUCAAGUCCAAAUCUAAGUCGAGUGAUACCAAAUGGCGACUGUACCAGCGCAGAACGACCAGGAGAAGAUUGCUCUCGAAAGAGGCAAUGGGGGAAGUGGAGCUCCGUCGUUGUCUUCUGAAGAGGCAUUCGAGAAUCCUACUGGCAUUGACGAGAAGGCUUUGGUGCGACGAUUGGAUUUGAAGCUCCUCCCUCCAUUGACAUUACUCUAUCUUCUUUCCUUCUUGGAUCGAAGCAACAUUGGCAAUGCUAAGUUGGACGGGUUGGAUACGGAUUUGCAUAUCACGGGCAAUCAGUACUUGCUUACUUUGACUAUGUAUUUUGUUGGAUAUGUCUUGUUCGAGAUUCCCUGUAACAUUAUCCUCAAGCGGACUACACCGAAAAUAUGGCUGCCAACACUCAUGCUCGUUUGGGGUAUUGUCGCUACGCUGAUGGGCGUAUCCCAAAGCUUUGCUGGGAUCGUAGUCGCACGCUUUUUCUUGGGCGUCACUGAAAGCGGACUGUUUCCUGGAGUGGUGUUCUACCUGUCGAUGUGGUACAAGAGAACAGAGACCCAUUACCGAGUGGCACUAUUCUUCUCAGCUGCCUCUCUCGCUGGGGCGUUUGGUGGGAUCCUAGCAUAUGGAAUUGGCUUCAUGAAAGGAGUUGGAGGAUAUAACGGCUGGCGAUGGAUCUUCAUCAUCGAAGGACUUUUCACCGUAGUAGUCUCCGGCCUCUCUUAUCUCUUUAUCCACAAUUACCCCUCCACCGCCCCCUUCCUAACCGAGCCCGAACGAGCCUUCAUCCACGCCCGCCUCAAGACGUCCUCAGACGCAACCCUCAACGAACCCUUCUCCUGGACCGGCGUCCGCUCCGCCCUCAAAGACUACAAAUGCUGGCUCUACGGCCUCAUGUUCCACACCAUGUCUUUGCCCCUCUACACACUCUCCCUCUUCCUCCCCACCAUUAUCAAAACGCUCGGCUACACCGCCGCGGACGCUCAACUCCUUACCGUCCCGCCCUAUUUCGUCGCCACGGUCUUCACAGUCAUCGUCGCUGUCCUCUCCGAGAAAACACACAAGCGCUCUCCUUUCGUCCUAGCAUCCACCUCCCUCGCCAUCGUCGGCUAUAUCUUCCUCCUCUCCGCGCCCGUGGAUAAACCCGGGCUGUCAUACGCAGGAACCAUCCUCGCAGCCUCAGGGAUCUACCCUUCAUGUGCGAUCGUGCUCUCGUGGGCAGCGGCAAACGUGUCAGGGCAGACGAAGAGAGCUACAGCGACAGCGAUGACGAUCACGAUUGGGAAUCUGGGCGCGGUGCUGGGGACGCAGCUUUAUCGGCCCUCGACGAGCCCGAGGUGGUUUUUGGGACAUGGAUUUGCGAUUGGAUAUUUGGGGAUGAAUAUCGUUGGUACGUUGGUGCUGUGGUGGUGUUUGAAUAGGGAGAAUAGGAAGAAGGAGGAGAGGAGGGCGGGUGGUGAGGGGGUGGGUGAUGAGGAGCCGGUUAGGAGUGAUGAGGAUAUGAGGUGGAUUUUCCAGACUUAG